AUGGUUGAAUGGACGGACGAGCUUUUAAAAUGGAACCCAGAUAACUUUGGAGGUAUAAACAUUAUAAAUAUUCCAAAAGAAAAACGAUGGUUACCUCACAUAAUGAUUAUCAAUUCUGUUCACGAGAGAGACUUGUUUUCGAAACAGUCCAGUCCGUUUCAGGUUACUCAAAAUGGUUCCCCAACUUUCAUACUUCUGAAUGUAUACUUACCGGUUAUCAUCCUGUCGUUUUUGAAUGCUGCCGUGUUUGCUGUUCCAGUUGAUUCUGGUGAAAAGUUGAGCUAUGUUCUGACAGUACUACUGUCUUUGGCUGUUUUUAUGAGUACUGUCAGUGGUAUGCUACCAACUACGUCGAAUCGUACACCAUAUAUCACCAUC